AUGGCGCCUCCCGGAGAGUACGCUGUCCUGAAUAGGGAAGUCCCAUUCCUCCGCCUGAUCUUCGACGAUGGCUUCAUCACCCACGACAUCCUGGACCACCGUUACGAAGGCUCUGGCACCGAUGCUCACCCAUACAUCGUCACCUGGCUGGCUGACGACCCCCGCGACCCGAUGGCCUUCCGCGACACCACGAAAUGGGCUAUCGCCGUGCUUUCCACCCUGGCGAGCCUGAUCGUGGCGUUGUGCUCCUCGGCGUACUCCGCCGGACUAGCCGACAUCAUCGACGAAUUCCACGUCUCCGCAGAGGUCGCACUCCUGGGAUCCUCGUUCUUCGUCCUCGGGUUUGCGCUGGGCCCGUUGCUUUUGGGUGCGCUGAGUGAGGCCUACGGACGUCGGAUGAUCAUGCUGGCGAGCGGCGUGUUUCUGACGGCAUUCAGCGCGGGCGCUGCAGCAUCUCCCAAUAUCGCGACGGUGAUCAUUCUCCUUUUUCUCGCGGGCAGCCUGGGGUCCGCGCCCGUGGCUGUCUCCGGGGGCGUGAUAGCCGAUUUGUUUUCAGCCAAGGCCCGAGGGGCACCCAUGGGGCUCUACGCGGCAGUUCCCUUCCUUGCCGUGCUAGGUCCGGUUAUCGGUGCCGCGGUCGAGGUUGUGGGUGGUUGGCGUUGGAUCCAGGGGGCCAUGGCUAUACUCGCGGGUACAGUCACUCUGGCCCUGUUCUGGCUGCUGCCGGAGACAUAUGCGCCCGUGCUGCUGGCCAGUCGCGCCAGGCAGUUGACGAAAACCACAGCCCGCGUCUACCGCAGUGUAAUGGACAUCGGACACAGCCGUGACCACAUUGUCGGGAACGAGCUGCGCACGCUUCUUCUCCGGCCGUGGGUGCUUCUCUUCCGCGAGCCGAUCGUCCUGCUUCUCUCUGUCUACAGCUCCAUUCUCAAUGGGAUCACGUACAUGUCUUUCGCCGCCUACCCAAUCGUAUUCCAGCAGAUCCGGAGCUGGAACUCACUGGAUACCGGGUUGACCUUCAUCGGGAUGCUGGCUGGGGUUCUGUGUGCAAUCCCCCACGUCCUUGUCUCCCACACGGAAUAUGUCAAGAAGAUGUCCCGGACUCGCUACCGGGACACAGCCCGCUUACCACCAGAAGUGCGUCUGCUAGACGCUUUCCCCGCCAGCAUUGCCCUCCCAGUGGGUUUGUUUUGGUUCGCGUGGACAAUAGCUCCUGUGAGCAUUCCCUGGAUCGUUCCCGUUCUGGGGAGUGUCCCGGUUGGGUACGGCUUGUUGAUGAUCUUUCUGCCCUGCUACAAUUAUCUGGUCGACUCGUAUACGAUUUAUGCAGCGUCCGUCAUGGCUGCAUGCACCCUCAUGAACUCUGUCUUUGCAGCUGCAUUCCCUUUGUUUACGGAUCAGAUGUAUCAAGGCUUGGGACCGCAGUGGGCGGCGUCGGUGCCGGCGUUCUUGGCUUUGGCGUGUGUUCCAAUCCCGUUUGUGUUGUAUAGGUAUGGGGCGUUGAUUCGGGCGCGGUGCUUCUACGCUGCAGAGGCGGAUGCGUAUCUUGAUCGGAUGCUCAGGGUGGAGGUUCGAGAGGUGGAAGAGUGGAAGGAUAUGCACUGUCAGGGUUGA